CAGCUCGCGUUAUCACCACAUAUUUUAAUGAAUUACUGUCCGUCCGAGCGCUCCAGCCCAAUCCCAAUAACAACAAUCUACGUGCCCGGGCGAAUGGCAAACGCAAUUGUGAGCCAUUGUGUGGCCAUCGAUGCACAGAGCGCUCAUCAGUUUAUCUCGGAAAACUCACAAAGAAUAUUUAUACUGAAAAAAUCGCUAGUGAAUUUUCCCAGUGCAUAGUUAUCGGCACCAAUCGAUAACGCAAUCGACAUACAAUCGAAUUUCACAGCCGGGGAGAUUUUUGCUAGAAAUUAAAGUAGAAUUUAAUCAAAUAAAAUGAAUCGAGUGAAGACCACACAGUCCAAGACUGGCGAAAUCAUCGCCUACAGCGAGAGUGCCAUCCGGAACAACAUUUCCGCCGUGGAGUACUGCCGCACAUCGAUGGCCGCCAUCUCGGGCUGCGCUGCGGGUAUUUUGGGCCUGAGUGGUACGCUGGGAUUCCUCUUCUACUUCCUGUCCGUGUUCGUGCUCUGGAUUCUGGUGCUCGGGAAAUCGGGCACCCAGUGGCGCAAGUUCUUCAUUAACCGCAGAAAUCUGCUGACCAAUCAGUUCAUGGGCGGCCUUUGCACCUACGUGCUCUUCUGGACAUUCCUCUAUGGCAUGGUGCACGUGUAUUAGCGCAUUUACAAAUCAAACACAUUAAUAGCGAAAUAAACAUAGGAUCUUUGGUUUAACACAA